CUUAAAAAAAACAAUCGGUCGACAACUGAAGGAAUUGGAAGAGAAAUUUGACCUUUCCAAUCAAUUGAAAAUGACAGUGGUGGACCAGGCUUACAAACUGACUAAAAGGAAUUGUGGUGGCCCCGUAGAUCAACUGAAUCCCGGUUGUCUAGAUUUAAUCCAUAGACCAACAUCAACUCAAAACAUGAACUGCAAUUCUACAAGAGAGUUUCAUAAGGUCGGUUAUCUCAGCCACGAUGCAUUGAUGGGAACGUCACCUCAUAUUAUGGUUUUGCGAUCGAUGAUGGGCAUAAAUUCCGUUCGACAAAGUUGUUGUUCGACUCGAGAAUGUGGCUAUAACAGUGAUUCGAGCUGUUGCAGUAUUUCUUCUAAAGACACAAAUAUAAAUACGUUAGCGCCACAAUGUUCAGACAAAUUUUACAACUCACAAGAAAUUUAUCAACUAAAUGAACAACUUCAAAAUAUAAUCAAUGAAAACCAAGAACUUCUUUUAAAACACAAAUCUAUAACCGAACGAAACGAUUUAUUGGUAAAAGCUUUGAAUCGUCCCGCUGUGUUUAAAAAAAUAGAAGGAUGCAUACGAUUUCCUGGAAAGAAAGAAAUGGAAGAAAAACUUUCAGAAUUUAAAUCAGAAAUAUUGCGAUUAAAUUCUGAGAUUAAAGAAGUACACAUAACUCAAUUGAAAUUAAAAUCAGUCAAAGAAAUUCUUAACCAAUUUAAUACUACUAACUGUCAGUGUGGAAGUCUUUCAUUUAAAGACAAUGUCAAUACAAGUACCAAAGUUCAAAAACAAGAAAUUCGACAAAUCGAAUUGCAAAUAAAACAGAAGAAUAAUGAGUUGAAUAAAAUUGUAUCAGAUUAUGAAGAUAUCGUUAAGACGAAUCACAAAAUAACCGAUGCACAUCAUAAAUUAGCUGAUGGAUUAAUAGAAUUAUUAAAAAAGAUAGAGGAGUACAAUUUAGAAGGUUUCAAAGAUUUAAUAAAUGAUUUAAACAAAAACAACGAAGAUAUCGAAACAAUGGAAUUGAUCAUCAAAGAGCGUAGUAAUGAAAUUAAUGAUUGCGAUGAAAAGUUGAGAUGUGUACAACAUGAAACCAAAGACAUCACGCUUAAAACGAAAAAAAUGGAGGAUGCAAUGAAAAAUCUGUUUAACGAUUUUAAUGAAUCGUAUAAUAAAUUAGAAUUGGUUUACAAAGAACAACUGGAGGAACUGUUGGCACUGCCAAAAGUUUUGAAAGAAACACACAUUAAACUACAAGAGGAGACCGACUUGAGAGUUUUAGCAGAAGAAUCAAUGAAUAAACUAGAACGCGAUAUUAGACAGGCGGAAAGUCUGAAAAAUCCAAAUCAAAACGAUGACGAGACAAUGAAUCGAGCAAUUAAAGACGAACAAUUAAAAAUAAAAGACGAAAAUAAAGUUAUUGAGUCAAAAUUAAAAUCUCUUGAAGAAAACAUCGAGUUAGCUGUAGAAUGCUUGGAUAAAGAAACUCAGGAACUAAACGCUGUAAAUCUACAAAUCCAAGACGCUAUUGUAGAGAGCAACAAACACAUAAACGCUUUCAAACUUUUUUCGGAAAUACAUUUGGAAAGAAUAGUUAACGACUUGCAUAGAUUACAAGAGAUUUUGACGGAAUCUCAAAGCAGAGAGUGUGCGAAAGUUCACGUUAAAAAAUCGUUUAUGGAUCAUUUAAAAGAUAAAAUAACUUCAAUUUACCAGAACGUGGAGACGUGUAAAACAGAAAUGAGUAUUCUUCUGGGACAAUCAAAUGCACAUAACAUAACGCCAUAAUUUCCACAUUGGACAUUCAUGUAAAUUAUUUUUAGUAUCUACUUUUUCGAUGAAGUUAAAAUAGUGAUAAAUUAAAUUAGAUAAAAAGUAUUUGUAUUUACACAUAAUAUAUUUGUUUUACAGGAUUUUGGUAAAACCAAAAAAAAAAAUUAUUAAAUUAAAAAUAGGAUAAAAUUAAACUAAAAAAUUGGGAAAAACAACUGAGUAGGUAUAUUAAAAGGCGAGAAACAUGUUUUUAAGAAUAAUAUUACAGCAAAUAUUGAAAUAAACUCUACUUAAAAUCAGUGACGUUAUCGACAGCCUCCUAUCCUCCUAUUUAGGCUAGUUGUUUAUUUUAAUUGACAUGUAUAUUGUACCUACAUAAGAAUAUAUCUAAGGAAUUAUUUAACUUCAUACAAUUAAGAGUAUUUAAUGAAAACAUUUAAAUACAACAAAUAACUGUAAUCAGACGAACUUACAGUGUAGGUAAGGCAAUAUGGAAAUGAAUAUUCUAAUACAAAAAAUUAAUGAUUGACUUGAGUCAAUCUUUUUAAUUUAUCAAUUCUUUAUAAUAACACAAUAAAUCAUAGAUAUGCAGCUUGUUAGUGUUUUUAAGACUUCCAUAUGA